CCUUUCCCCAAAAGGAACAAGGAAGCCUGUCAGGUCGCAGGGAUUCCUUUAACUGAAUCCACGGGGUUUUAUUGGUUGGCAGUUUCACGUAACCCUUCCGACUUCAGCUACAUUCUUUCACUUUAAACCUUGAGUGCGUGGUUUUAAUUUCCUUUAAUCGAGAGAACUGCGGGCAGGUGUACUAUGAGGAGGAACUGGGGGGAACCUGCCGAGGGGAUUGGAAGUAUUUGCUUUCUUGUUUUUGUGAAAACAUGACGACUCCGUACAAAGAUGUUGGCUAUAUUCACAUUAUUCAUUUUUUAUAGCCUGCACUCCACAGUCUCCCAGUCUGUUCCCAGCCCCAUCAAUGUCACCUUCUCUUCUGUAAAUCUGAGGAACGUGCUGCAGUGGUUUCCAGGAGAAGGCAAUUACGCAGAUGAAACGCUCUACACAGUGCAAUAUGCCAUCUAUGGAGACAGAAUUCAAGGUAAGAAGGGGAAACGGGUGAACUGGAAGGCAGUGCAGCACUGUACAAAAAUAGUCCGGACGUGGUGUGAUCUAACCAGUGAGAUGUGGGAUGAGAACCAGGGUUACUAUGCCAAAGUUCGUGCUGUGGAGAGGGGAGCGUCUUCCAAAUGGGCUUCUUCCAAAUGGGCUUUCACACCCAGGAGAUUUGAACCAAAGACAGACACUACUUUGGGGCCCCCACUGCUUUCUGUGGAAAUUGAAAACAACAGUGCCACCAUCACUAUGAAGGGACCGAUGAGGUAUCCAUCAAACAACCACACCCCAGCGCUUUCCAUGGUGACACUCUACGCCGAGAUGACUUACAACCUCUCUGUUCGCAACACCCAUCUGAACCAAACGCACCAUUUCCCAGUUGUUGGCAGCGUGUACAAAUACCGCCUGAUGAAGUACAACAUGGAAUACUGCUUUUCUGCACAGUUGAAAUUCUCCUCGAUGCCAAUCCACUGCCAGUCCUCUGCAUGGCUCUGCAUAACCACACCUCAAGACCCUGUGAUUGAGCAGCUGCAGAGUGUGACUGUGGGUAUUGUUGUUCCAGCUUUGUGCAUUGGUAUGAUCAUUGCAGCUGCCUACCUUUUCCAUCGCUACCUGUCUGGGAAAGACCAACACAGUCCAAAUAUACUGAACCCACCUUCUUUUCACAAGUCUCCUAUUUUGUUCCCUCCUGAGAGUUCCAACCUCAUCCCAAUCAGCCCCAUCAGCCCUGAGCCACCAGGAAACUUAUUCACAAUGUCAGGCCUUGAACACCCCAUCUACUCUCUACAAGUUGUGGAUCCCCCACCAAGCUACUCGCCCCAGAGGCAUGAGGCUCCCUUGGAUGAUUUGUCCGUUGAGUACGGGGGUAUCAGCAUGGCUCCUCAAAUCAUUGUUGAAGGAGAAGAGGAAGCAAGAGGAGGGAAUCAAGAUGAUGGAGACCGGAGAGUUGAGAGCGUUAACUCUGGUGGAGCUUACGCUCCUCAGGCUAACACUUCUUGGACAUGCAAACAAACCCCCAUGCAAACACAUGGCCAGUCAUCUGCAGGUUUACAGUCUUUUCCAAGAUCAGCUACAUGUGGGCUCAAUAAAAAGAAGGAUGGACAGAUUGAAAGUUUACUGGUAAGCAUUCGGUUAAAUCUGCAAACAAUGGAGGAAGUAAAAAGGGGAGAAGAGCUGCAUGGAGAGGUGAUCUGGAGCACACAUAGGGAGGGAGUGGCAAACAGAGGUGUGGAGGAAGGAAACAACUGUGAAAAUGUGCCUUUAAUCUCUGCUUAUGCCCCACAGAACAUUCCAAACAUGUCUGCCUCCUCCUCGGACCAAUCUGACAUCACGCUAGAUGACUUUAGUGUCAAUCAUGAAAGAGGACUGCAUGUACCUCUACUUUUAGAGAGAGGUAGAAGACGGAGUGAAGAGGAGUAUGUGACGAGAGCUAGGUUGAGGCUAGAUAAUGUUUCUGUCAGCCAAGCAAGUGACGAAGAGGAAUAGAAAGAGUUAGAACACGACAGGUGGAAACAGGGAGUGAAGUGGAGAAGGUUUUCAACAAAUAGGACUUUGUUGGGAUCCCCAUGGAUCAGUAGAUGAUAUUCAUCAGUAAAAACCACUAACCCUGUUAUUGAAAGAUAAUCCAGGAAACAUGGCCAGUAUACAGUUUCUCAGCUCUAUUCAAAUGCAUACAGUGUGCGAUAAAAGCAGCGUUUAGUACUUAGUACUCACUUAAUAAUGUUACCUUUAUAGCUGAAAAUCUACUGAUAUACACAUGAAGAAAUCAUACUAUGGUGAACUUUGAAGGAUAUGUAUUUAUCUUAAUUACAAGAUACACUGUAUAUUUUAAUGUAAUUUGUUUUGAAUCUGUAUCCAUCCUCAUGUAGCUGUCUGAUAGUGACAGAAGAUAAUACAACAUAUGAUCAUAACCUAACAUAACGAAGAAACUACACUUCAUUCUGGACUGGUGUCUGACAUAUCUCUCUAAGAUAAUCAGAUGUUUGUUUGGGGGUUUUUUUGUUUUUUUUUAAAUAGAAAGUACAGCAAAAUCCUAUAUAGGAAACUUUACCCGUGUGUUUUCUUUUAAGGGUAUGAUCGCAGUGUAUUGUAGAUGUUGCAUGACCAUACGUGUCCGUGUUUACUUGUAAAGGUUGAAUUACAGGGGGUAGUUUUUUUGUUUUUUUUAUCAGCUUGUCCAUCAUGCUGUUCCGAGUAAAGCAUUCAACCUGCUUUUAUUUAAAUACUGUGGACUAUACACCUUUUGCUGUUGUGUUUGUGAAACGAAUCCCUCGUUUUCACUGCCAGUAACAGCAGUAUCUGUUCUGUAACUGGAAAUGAUGAUGUUAAGUGGAAUGAGAAGUGUAACUGUACAUGAUCAUGACAACAUCUUUGAUUAAUAAUGAGUUGUAUGAUCUGCAGUAUGUGUCCACUACCUUUGUGCCUUUGGGUUAAAAAAACUGGUUAAAUCUGUGAAAUCUGAUUAUGCCAUCAUAUCGUCUUUUGUCGCUUCUCUGAACCUUGCAAAUGUAUUCCCAUCUGCAGUAUUAACAACAUUAUGGUUUUACCUUGUUCUUCUCCAUUUUUGCUGUUUCUGUUCUGAGCUGAACAGAACAUAUUUUACACUUUGUCAUUUAGAACUUGUCAGACUUGUUUACUGCAGUGAGUCCUGCAUUCCAACACCAACAACACGCUUAAAAUAGCAGUUAAAAUAUGUGAUCAUUACAAAGUACACAAAAGGCUUUCACUGGCACUUCUGAACAUUUGUGCAUAAAUUAUACUUUGUUUUGACUUUUUUUGAAGGAAAUCAGUGUGGUCUGUGUUAACACCGUUCCUUUUUCUGUGCCCGUGCUGUUCCUGCAUGAAGUUGUAACUGCCCAAAAUAUGUUAAUUUGUAACAUCUGACUCAUACCAUCUCUUUGUAGCUCGAUGGGACUUUCUGAGAAUAAAUUAUUUCUUCCUGUAGAAGC